AUGACCGGUAUGACCCAAAACACCAAAAUUAUGUGGACACUGCACGCAUUUACGCAACUGGUGUGCUGGACUUUAUCCAUUCUCAAGAUCUUAAAUUGAUUACCAUUUUGCCGACUUUUUCAAGGAACUUCAUUCUUCCUUAUUUUUCCUUCUCCUAAAAUCAAUCUUCAAUCUCCAAUCUCCAUCACAUACUUGUACUUUAGGAGUUUAGGUAGAUGAAAUUAAUACCAUAAGAGGUGAGGUAACAUCACAAACUUUGCUGCAAACUAUAAAAUUCCUCUCAAAAACAACCAAAAGUUGAUUAAACAACAAGAAAAAAACACACCCAGAAAACAAAAAAAAUGAAGGAAGAAAGAGAUACAGAGUCAGGAAUUCCUUUACUACAAGAUAUUCAAUCACCUGUUGAUGUUGCUCCCAAAAAAGGGGCAACUCUUGCAAGUGCAGUUUUCAAUAUUUCAACCACUAUGAUUGGUGCUGGAAUUAUGUCAAUUCCUGCAACUUUUAAAGUUUUGGGUGUUUUUCCAGCACUUUUUCUUCUUCUUGUUGUUGCUCUUAUGGGUGAUGUUACAGGAGAGUUCAUGUUGAGGUAUACUCAUUCAGGAAAGUCAACUACUUAUGCUGGUUUAAUGGGGGAGUCUUUUGGAAGACUUGGUUCUCUUGCUUUACAAAUUUGUGUUAUGAUUACAAGUUUUGGGUGUCUAAUCAUUUAUUUGAUUAUUAUUGGGGAUGUGCUUGCAGGAUCCAAAUCUGGGGGAGUCAUACACACCGGACUACUACAAGAGUGGUUCGGGUUUUAUUGGUGGACUUCGCGUGCCUUUGCAAUUCUCUUUGUUGUGCUUCUUGUUAUCCUCCCAUUGGUUUUGUUUCGUCGUGUAGAUUCACUUAGGUACACUUCGUUACUGGCCAUUCUUCUUGCCUUGGUGUUUGUUGUCAUAUCUUCAGUAUUGGCAAUAGAAGCGAUGUUGGAAGGAAAGACACAGAACCUUCGGCUUGCUCCAGAUUUCUCCCGUCAAGGAACCUUCCUCAGUCUUUUUACCACCAUUCCAGUUUUUAUGACUGCUUUUGGAUACCAAAUCAAUGUUCAUCCAAUUAGAGCGGAACUUGGAGAACCUUCUGACAUGAGAAUGGCUAUCAGGAUAUCACUCAUAAUAUGUGCUCUCUUUUAUUUCUCCAUCGGCUUCUUUGGCUAUCUAUUAUUUGGGGAUUCUAUUGAUGCUGACAUGCUAGUGAACUUCGAUCAGAUUGGUCAUGAUACUGUGGUUGGUUUAGUAAUUAACUCUAUUGUUCGAUUAAGCUAUGCAGUUCACCUAAUGCUGGUGUUUCCUUUAAUAAAUUACUGUCUCAGAGCCAACAUAGACGAGCUCAUUUUCCCCAAUAAGCCUGACUUAGCCACUAAUACUACAAGAUUCAUAUGCAUCACAUGUAUACCACUCGCCCUUGCGUAUGUAAUUGCAAUCUGGAUACCAAGCAUAUGGUAUUGCUUCCAGAUACUGGGUUCGACAACAGUUGUUUGCCUCAUACUCAUAUUUCCAUCAUCAAUUAUUUUAAGGGAUAUACAUGGGAUCUCUACAUUGAAGGACAACGUGAUUGCAGUAAUGCUUAUACUUAUCGCAGUAUUUGCCAGCACAAUCGCUAUAUGGACCAAUUUGUCCACUCCAGCAGGGAGUAAAGCUUAGCGGUUUGUACACACUAUUGCCCACAUUUUAGCGGGUUUCAUAGUCCAUCAUGAUUUAUGUAUGAACUCCAGUUUUAGCUGCAGUUUGAUCAGGUGGAUUGUCUUUCUAUACGAUCAGGCAUUGUCUUUGCUUCUACGCCUAAAUUGCUCUUCCAAAUUCACAAAUCCUCUCUUGGUGGUUGAAUCAAUCAAUGUAUAUACUACAUGUAAGUACUCUUUUCUGGACCACUAACAAGAGAAGAUUAUCAAUUUCCAUUCAUUGAAGUCUCGUUCGUAGCAUUUUCCAUCUUGUGUUAAAGAUUUCAUAUGUUUUAAUGAAACUUUAAUGUGGAGGAUACAAUGUACGUCGUUGUUUGUUGGCUGUAUGAAAUCUGCUGAAGUGAAAGUGGCGCGGCCCGAAGUGCAAAGGGGUUGUCUUGAGAGAAAACAUUCUUAGAUUUGUUGUUUCCUUGUAUAUUCAAAAAAAAGAAAAAGGAAAAAGAAAGAGUGAGAGGAACAGUAUGUAAUUUGUAAGCUUUGUAAUGUUACACACUUGCACUCUUACAGUCUUAUCUGUGUUCUACACUUCUACUUGAAUGUAUUCAGUGCCUAGGUUAUUUGGUCUUAGAGUAAGGCCAAAAGAAAUUAUGAAGUAGAAGAUUACUUUUA